ACCAUGGAUAUAUAUCCAGUUUGCUCCCGUGCAGGGAGUAUGGGCCCAUGUUUGUACUGGUUGGCGAAUGGGAGAUAGACAACGCUAUACAGGCCUGCUCCAUGCGGCGUGCGGCGCGAGGAAACCGUCAUAAAUCGCGCCGAUGCCCUGUCGGUGAUCUCGCUCUCGGCUACGCGUAGGACCCCGCCGGUCGUUCCUCACGCAAGGGAACUUUCUUCCACUUGCGCCGGCGCUGUUUUUUUGCUGUUGUUCAGUGCUGCUCCUUCUUGCGAGCCGUACUGCAUCAGGGUUCCCGCCUUGUCAGCGGUCGCUGCUGUCGGUUGCUCACACUGAAGAUGGGCGGCCUGCAGAUUGCUAGCCUUGAGCCUGGUGAUGGGAAUCCAACUCUCCGCAUACGCAUUUCACGGUUAUGGGAAUACCGUGACCAAAAUGAUGAAAGUAUCUUGCACUAUAUUGGCUUGGUUUUGGUUGAUCAAAAGGGAUCCAGCAUUGCUGCUAUGAUUUAUCCUCCAUGCGACAACAAAUUUAAGCCCCUCAUCACUGAAGGCAAGGUAUACUUGCUUACGUACUAUCGUGUGAAACCUUGCACGAAGCACUACCGGCCAGUUGACAACAAACUGGCGAUCACUUUCACUUGGUGGAGUACAGUGGAAGAAUGUGUUGAUGUGCCAGAUAACUUUGCUCAGUAUGCUUACUCCCUUAAGCCUUUUAAUGAGCUACGCUCCCAUGUGGACAGGAAAGACUCCUUCACAGAUGUUAUUGGAAUCAUCACUGAAAUAUCAUCUGUUACAACCGUUCAGACACGCAUUAAAGACGGUGAUAGCUUGAAAAGGAACGUCUACAUCCGCAAUGCUGACAAUGAGACAACCAAUAUUGCAUUGUGGGGAGAAAGGGCUACAAGCUUUCCUGCAGAUGAGAUUGUCAGUGCAGGCAAGCAUCAACCGCAGAUAGUUAUCUUUGUUGGCACAUUGGUGAGAGGCCAUGGAAGAAACGUUUCUCUGUCAGGUAACUCGGCAUGCAAAUGGUACAUAAAUAUUGACACACCAGAGGUCAAAUCCUUGGCUGCUAGUGUUGAAGGGAGCUAUGAGCCAAUAAAAUGGCUUGAUCUGCCGUCUGGACCUGCUGCCCACAACAAUGGUGAAGAAAAGACAAUUGCUGAGAUCAGAGAACUUCACCCUUUUAAGUUCAAGAAACAUGAGUUCUUGGUUACUGUGGUCAUCAAAAAACUUAACAUGGAGUAUUCCUGGUGGUAUACUGCUUGUGAUAUCUGCAAGAAGACAGCAAAACCAUAUGGAAGUUCUUAUAGAUGUGGAAACAACACAUGCCCACCAGUUGUUUCAGCUUCACCUUGGUUCAAACUGAGUGUGAUAGCAGGAGAUCAUACAGCCGACACUACAUUUAUUGUUUUUGGCCGUUUGGCUCAAAGGCUCAUUGGUCGUUCAGUUGAUGCACUGGUGAUGGAGAAUCCAACCGGCAAGGACUACAUACCGAGAGAGAUCACUGAUCUUCUUGAGAAAGAAUUUGUCUGGAAUGUCAGCUUUACAGAGAACACAGUUUCUAGCGGCAUUGUAGCUUUCCAAGUGAACAAGAUUAUUAAAGGAGGCCAGAAUUAUUCCUUGGCUCUUCUACAAUCUCCAUCUGGAUCCCAAGCAUCUUCUGUGGUACCUUCCAUGGCCCUAUCUCCAGUUACAUCUCAGGAUGUUUCUGUUGGUCAGCACACAGAGACAGAAACUCCAUCAGUAGGGUUUGUUGAUGCUCAGCUACCUCUGGUUAGCCCAUCCACCGCUACACAAAAAGAUAAGAAUAUAGACGAUGAGUUUGCAUCAAAGACCCCUGGAGAGGAUGUGGCUGCUGAUGAUGAAGACUAUGACCAGGAUGAUGAGCAUCUCAACCUUACACAGAAGGCUCCUGGUUCUGCAGCUAAAAGCACCACUUCCAAGGCAUACAAAAAGAGGCCCAGACCAUCUCCUGGAACCGGUGCAGCUAAGAAGUUGUUCAAGGGCAAUGAUGCUGACAGUACUGAUGAUGCUGCUGGAAGCAGUGCCAUCAAGAAGACCUAGAGCAUCAGCAAAGAUCGUUGCUCUUUUUUUUUGGGAUAUAUUCAGCCAUGUGUGGCCACCAAGAUUAGCAUUGCUGUCAUAGAGACCAGCAUUUCUCUGAGAAACUUCUUCGGGCUGAACAGAGCACAUCCCUGGCUAAUGUUUUCAAGAUGCCUCUACAGUCUUUUGUUCCCAUGUUGGAUGAAUGCACAUCAAACCAACUAGGCUAGAAUUAUUCAUUUUGCAAGCAAACUUCUUAUUAUUCGUCCUGUAUUUAUGUAGCUGGCAUUCUACAUUAUCAUGAUUCGUCCUGAUAAUAAAUACCAGCAGAUCAGACCAACUAUUAUACCUUUCCCAACGCGUAAUUGCUUGCCAUGGCUGAUA